AAUUGACAGAAAACAUUCGUCAAAGAUUCUUUGUUAUUGUGAUUAAAGUUUAAUAUUAAUUUCCUAAGAUUUUACAAAAGUUUUUAGAUAUAUCCAAUGAAAAACAAUGACGCCAGGUAGUAGCCCUAAGUCCGAUCACUGCCCUUGCUGCAAAGAUUGCACCAACUGCAGUGGUUUCCAAAAGGUCUUGGCUGUGCCUGGAGCUGGCUACGUUCUGUACAGACACACCACUCGAGUGGACGAUAUUAAUAAAAAAACACGUGUAGUGGAAACAACUAUUGACACAGUUGAUGAUGUCUUCAUUUUGGAAAAUACUGAAGGGAAUCCUUUGGGACAGAUUGAUGUCACUCCGGGUAUUGAUCGAAGCUUAAUAAAAUGUCCCCGAUGUGCACAAUAUCUACAACACGCUCAGAGAUUACUUAAAAACCAGGAUUUUGGUAAAAGUGAUAUAGCAGGGAUAUGUGAGCAUUGCCGUAAGUACGGCAGCACUUGUGUGAAAUGUGAGAAAGCUGUUGAGCAGUUUCAACAGAGCAGGAAUGCUCGAAAAGCAGAUCACGUGCAGCGGGUCAAGACUUGGCUGUCAAAAAUACAAAAUAUCAUCAAAGUCAGCCUUUUUGAUGAUGUGAAAAGAAAUCGAGCUCGAAUGGCUCGAAGAUAUUCCGAUGUUGAUUUAAAUAAUCUGAGACAAAUAACAAAAUUAGAUCGUGAACCUGAGGUAGAGGAUUUGUUUUUGCACGGCAUUAGAGACUUUUAUGCUACAAAAAGAGGUCCUAAAAGUGAACGUCAAUACCGUCAUGGAAAAGACAAAGAAAUAGCAUUUUACGAACCAUCAAAGACUUACGAUGAUCGAGAAACAACUUAUGUAAAAGGAAGAUUUGAUUUUAUCCCGACUCGUGGGAUACAUCCCGAUGAUGAAUCUUUAAUGUUAUCAAAUGGAACACUUUCAGAAAAUGAACUAGAAAAGAAUUUUAUUUAUAACUAUGGAAAAAGCUAUAAAAGUAACUUAAAGUAUAGUUCUCCAGUUGAUAGUAAAUGGUUAAAAGAUGAAGAUUUCAUUCCAAUGCCAGGAGUGCACCACGAAUAUGAAAAAUACUAUUAUGAUGAUAACAGUCAUGAGACAAGAAAAUACGACGAUAUUACUACACCGAAAACCCGUCAUAUUGAAGAGAAACCAAAAGAUAUUGAUCGACAAAUAAGCAAAGGUGAGCCACCAGCUGGUAAAAGGUAUGACGAUGAAAUGAAAAGGGCUGAAGUAGACAAAAAAAGUAAAAGUUAUGGAGAAGAUGCACAAAAAGACAUUAUUUCGAUAUCAGAUGAAGAAGAAAAAUUAAAAAAGUAUGAUCCACUCGAAGAAAAAAUACUGAAAUUUACUACAGAUAAUAAUGACAGAAAAAGAAGAGAAUCGGAAAAAAAGAUAGGAAAAGCCGAACCCGAGACAAAAAUAAUAUUUGAGUCACCUUCACGCAUUAGAAAAUAUCGUUCAGAGGAAUCACUACUAACUGGUAUGUUAAAAAUGAAAGACGAUGUGCAAAAGAAUAAAACUUUUGACUAUUAUUUCCCAGAAACGAUAGAAGGUAGAAAAAAAAUAAAAAGGGAAAAAGAAGUGAGCUCCUCGGAACUGAUCAAAGAUACUCUUGAUAAAUUAAAGAAUAAAAUAGAAGAAGAGAGAAGAAAGCGUGAGGAGGCUGAAAGAUUAAAAGAAGAACGGCGAAAGAAGCUUGAACGAGAAAAAAGGGAAACAGAAGCAAGAAUGCUGAGACAGAAAAUGGAAAAACUUAAAGGGGAAAUAAAACAUCAUGGUUCUAAGGAAGAACUUCUUGAAUAUGACAAGGGAAAAUAUAAAGUAUCUAAAGAAAAAGUACCAAAAGAUAAAUCACCAAAAGAAAAAGUAUCAAAAGAUAAAAUGUCUAAACAAAAAGUUGCACAAGAAAAAGAAUCGAAAGAAAAAGCGUCAGAAAAAAUAUCUAAAGAAAUGAUACCAAAAGAAAGAGUAUCUAAAGAAAAAGUACCAAAAGAUAAAUCACCUAAAGAAAAAGUAUCAAAAGACAAAUUGUCAAAAGAAAAAGAGUCGAAAGAAAAAGCGUCAAAAGAAAAAGCACCCAAAGAUAAAGUACCAAAAGAAAAAGAGUCAAAAGAAAAAGUGAAAAAAGAGGCGCCUGAAUCAAAUAAACAAGAAAAACCCGAAAAAAAAAUUAAAGAUGACUCAGCAAAGGAAAAAAAACUGAAAGAAGGUAAAGUUAAGGAAGAAAAAGAGAAGGAAGUGAAACGUAAAGAAGAAGAAAAAGUUAAAGAAAAAGUCCCACUGGUCGUGGAUGAAAAUGAAGCGGAAAGGAAAAGACGAGAAGUUGAGGCUCUAGAGCGAAAACUAAAGAUGGAUCAACAACAGGGUCAAAAAGAGGAGCAAUUGAGAGAAUUGAAACUGCAAAGGGAAGAAGCUAAAAAACAACAAUUAGAACAGCAAAAAAAGGCGAAGGAAAUGGCGGAGAAAAUGAAACGAGCGAUGCAAUCUGAAACGCCACAGCAAAAAUUCGAGCUGACUAAAAUCAAAGUGAAAAGGCCCUCUAUUUAUGAUUUGAUUGACAAGAGGAACAAGUUUAAACGUGCUACUCCACCAGAAAACUUGAAAAUGCCAAGUCCUAUUGUAAUUAAAAAACACAAAAGGCAUGGUAAACAAGAAUCCAGUUGCGACUUAUGCAUGGAUUCCGAUUACGAAUUCGAUGUCCAAAACGUUUUAUGGAUUAAGGAGGAUGAUAUGGAGAAAAAAGAAAACUUGAAGGAAGCUGUGCUCGGCACCAACAUUUACAAAUACAAAAACAAAUUCGGGGAGCAGGAAGAGAGGGAGACACAGCCGAUACUUUUCCAUAAGAAUUAUGGAGAAAAUUUCGAUCAAAGCGUAGAAGAAGAAGAACGGGUGCCAAGGAUAGAAGUGAAAAAGGACAAGGCGCCUGUGAAACAGGAGCAAGAUUACGGCAAGGGUGUUAUAAAGUACGCGUUGUCCAAUCGCACAUUUAUAGAAAAAGGGUGGACGAAGCUUCCUACAGAAAAAGUUGUUCGCAGGAUGAACGUCUACCGCAUGCGCCCAGCACAUCCUGAGUUUGACUGGUUUGAGCGCAACAAGAGAAAGGGUAUCAUCAACUACGACAGUGGUGAGAAACUGGCUGAGUUCGAAGACAGCGGUCGGGGACGGUGGUAUUACAGGAGCGGCUUGUUAGCCCUGGAUCAUUACACUCCAGAAGAAAUGAAUGCUCAACAAAGAUUCGUUGUGUACAGCAGUGGUGAGCCAGACCAGCGGGGCAGGUCGCGACCGAGGACUGUGCUGGCCACCUUCGACUACCUGGGCAACGGGAUCGUCUUCGAUCACACUGGGAAAAUUAGACUAAAAUACAACCAAUCAGAGGGUAUAGUAUUGGAUAGAGGCCUAGGUCCAGUGUCCCACUGGAAAUGGCACACACUGAACGACCCACCGGUCCUCCAACAAGUCAUGAUUGACACACAAAUGUCACACAAAGACCCGUACAUACUAAAACUUGCAACUCCCAACGAAGACCAGCCGAGAAUUGACGAUGAAGACAUACUAGCUAUAGAAUUUGACAAUUUCAUUAAAGAAAAAAGUCAGAAACUCACUCAAUCAUUCAAGCCAUUUCAAAUAAAGAUGAAAGCAUUGAAGAUCAAUGAAUACUUCUCACUAAGAGUUUUAGAUCAAGCUAAUGUACAUCUAAUAUUUAGAGAUGGUUCGACUAACAUUAAUUUGAAUAUAGGCAUGAUAUUAGAUCAUAAAGAGAUUGUUGAUACGGACACAGCGGAGGUCGGCGAAGUUUCAAGUAAUUUAGAACGAUUGCCAGCUAAGACUGAUAGUUUAGCCGAAUUGCAGCGUAGUGUAGCCGAAGCGCAAAGGAUAGAGAGGGUUAGAUUCGAAAGAGACAAAAGAAUUAACAGACCAGAGCAAGUGAUGAGUGUGGAUCGUCUGAGAACGGCUGAAUCGAAGGCACUGAAGCCACCAAUAAUGACUGUUGAUUCAAAAACUGGUGUUAGCAGACUUUGUAAAUGUAGACAGCCGUCUGCAUCCAAUGUAUAUUAUAACACUGGUUUAGUGUGAUUACUAUUGAAAGCAACACCACAACGCGGGGCUGAAGCGAAGGCAAUUGCGUUUUAAAUCAUUAUUUUCCGUUAUUCGAAAGGAAAAGUUGAGUUUUCGAUUGUUACUAGGUGUAGUGGUCGUCACGUCAGGCCGUUAUCAGAUUGGUGGCACGUCAUUGUGUCGUCACGUUCGCUCUUUUUUACACGACGCGUACACUAUAUAGGAAAGAGUGACAGCAUGUGGACGUUAGUAAAGUAACGUGCACAAAGUAACGUGUUACGUGUUUGUAUGUUUCAUGGAAGGUCUGCUGCUGAAUUAGAUUACCAGCGCUUGCAAUUUAUAUUUAUAAUCACAGAAAUUUUUCAGCGGUUCUGGAUGUUAGUGCUCGUUUCUGUGUUAGUGCUUAGUUUGAUAUCAACCUAUUUGUCGAGUUAUUGUAUCGAAAAGACUAUGCGUCACUCGGAGCGGUGUUCCGAACGGUCACUACUAAAGUUCGCUUUUGCUUCGCCCUCGCUUCUUUUCGCCCUCGCCUCUACAUAGCGGAUCUAAGAGAUAUUUUGUAGAGUAACUUUAAUCAUUUGUAUUCGAGUUUUAAUGUAAUUCAGUUAUGUUAAUAUAUUAUUAUACUGUAAUCUUUACGAUUUUAAUCAUAAAAAUCAGGCGAUAUUAAGUUAUUCGAUUCGAGUUUGUUAUUUGAAUAGGUAUUUUUUCUCUAGUGAUUUCUUAUUUUUAUAUCAAACUAAAGCCCAAUUUGUGUUAGGAUAAUUUUGUGUAAUGUGUAUUUGUUGGUAUUUGGUAAUCGUUGUUAUAUUUAGUCGUUAUUUGUAAUAAAGUUUUACAUUAAAACAUAUUUCACCUUCCUCACACACCACUGUGUCUUUUGGCGAAAACCGCAUAAAAUACGAUCAGUGUGUGCAGUGACACUAUGCUAUUUCCAUCUCACCAUCGUGUGAUUCGCAGUGAGACGCAGCUAACCAAUCACAGUGCGCCAUUGUGCUGUGACGACAACCACACCGCAAUGUGAUUGGUUGGCUGUGUCUCACUGCGAAUCGACUCGAAUGGUUAGAUAUAAAUAGCAAAGUCGCACAAAAGAAACUGUAGUUUUCAUUGUUUUUAUUUCCUAGA